AUGACCACCGUGGCUCAACGGAUUCCCAGGUGCUUAUACAAAGGAUCCAAGCUGGCGGAAGACGGACAGAACCGACGUGGGCUCCCGCGUCGACCUCUCCUGGAACAAGCCGGAGACAGUGGCAUCGACAGCGAUGACUGUAGGGUGCAACGUUCAAGAGCACAAGGGAACUUCGAAAUUUUGCAAUUGAAUGAGACCGGCAGCAGUGAUGAGGAGCUGUUUUUGAGAGCUCCACCGCCACAGUUGGCGAAAAGGCGAGACGUGGAUCAAACGUUGAAUGAUUCCAGUAGCAGCGACGAUGAGCUGGUUUUGAGGUCACCGAGGCCUAACUGGGGGAAGAGCAAAUACGAAGGACAAAUGAAAACUAUAGAAGAGGCAGACCGGGAACUUUUAAUACCUAUGUUAGAAUGGCAGCGACCUCGAUUGGACGACAGUGAUACCAUGUUACCGGAGAGUCCCGAGCACUCUUCGUCGCCACUAUACGAAGUGGAACUGACAGCUUCUGAUGAAGAGGAAGGCUCUAUUAUUGAGUUAGUGAUGCCUCUCAAAUCGAGACACGGCCCUGACGCUACGUUUAUCCCAUCCUUGAAAGACUGCAGGGAAAUCUUUAGUUACAUGAUCAAGCUGUUAUGCUGUUGGAAUUCAAGUUUGUAAAUAUAGCUUUUCCCUUAUUUUACGCUAGGUUCUGGA